AUCAGGAAGAUAUAUCAACCCUCCAGUUCAGAAGAAGGAACUUGACUGUAGAGCUACCGUGAGUAUCGUCUCUCUGUCUGUGUGUUCAUAUACAGUUCAAUGGCAGAAGCCAGUAUCUCAUGGACUGAGGAUCAGUUCAGAUGUUCAGUGUGUCUGGAUCUGCUGAAGGAUCCAGUGACGAUUCCUUGUGGACACAAUUACUGUAAGAGAUGCAUCUCAGAGUUCUGGGAUCAAGACGAUCAGAAGGGAAUCUACAGCUGUCCUCAGUGCAGGCAGACCUUCAGUCCAAGACCUGUUUUAUGUAAAAAUAUGGUGUUUGCUGAAAUGGUGGAGAAGCUCAAGAAGACGAGACUUCAAGCUGCUCCUGUUCCUCCUCCUGUUCCUGCUUGCCGUCUUCUUCACGCUGGAUCUGGAGAUGUUCAGUGUGACUCCUGCACUGGAAUUAAACAGAAAGCAGUGAAGACCUGUAGAGAGUGUCAGAGCUCUUACUGUCAAACUCAUCUUGAACAGCAUGAGAAUCUCUUCAGAGGCAAAGGACACAAUCUGAUGGACGCCACUGGACGUUUGCGGCAGAUGAUCUGCCCUCAACAUAAUAAAAUGUUGGAAAUUUACUGCCGUACCGACCAGAGCUGUAUCUGCAUGCUGUGUUUGAUGGAUGAACACAAAAAUCACGACACUGUAUCAACUGCAGUGGCAAGAGCAGAGAAACAGGCACAUUUAGAGGAGACGGAGAAGAAAAUUAAUCGGAGAAUUCAGAAGAGAGAGAAAGAUCUUCAGGAGCUGAGAGAGGUGGUGGAGUCUCAUAAGCGCUCUGCACAGACAGCAGUGGAGGACAGUGAGAGGGUCUUCACUGAACUCAUCUGCUCCAUUGAGAAACUUCGCUCUGAGGUGAUGAAGCUGAUCAGAGAUCAGGAAAGAGCUGCAGUGAGUCCAGCUGAAGAACAAAUGGAGAGACUGAAGAAGGAGAUUGAUGAUCUGAAGAGGAAAGACGCUGAACUGAAGCAACUUUCAGACACAGAUGAUCAUAUUCAUUUCCUCCAGAGUUUGUCGUCUGCCUCUCUCUCUGGAUCUACAGAAGGCAUCACUGGCGGUUCUCAUAUGCCUUUCGACGAUGUGAUGAAAUCUGUCUCACAACUCAGAGACAAACUACAGCAGUUCUUAAGAGAGACUAUGAAAAACAUAUCUGGAUCAGUGAAAACCAUCCAGAUCAUUCAGACUCCUGAAUAUGACACCAGAAAGGAGUUUCUACAAUAUUUCCAUCAGCCCUCUCUGGAUCCAAACACAGUGCAUCCAUGCCUCCAGCUCUCUGAGGGGAACACAGUGAUCACUUACACCAACACAUACUAUGGUUACCCUGAUCAUCCAGAGCGCUUUGAUUACGCUCAGGCGUUGUGUAGAGAGAGCGUGACUGGACGCUGUUACUGGGAGCUGGAGUACAGCGGUAGUGCAGGUGUGUAUGUGGCAGUGGCAUAUAAGAGCAUCAGGAGAAAGGGACAGAGUUUGGAGUGUGCAUUCGGGUGUAAUAAUCAGUCCUGGAUAUUGUUCUCUUCUCCCUCGAAGUGCUCAUUUAGUCACAACAACAUCAACUGUAAUCUCCCUCUAGUGUCCAACAGUAGGAUAGGAGUGUUUGUGGAUCACAGCGCAGGAACUCUGUCCUUCUACAGUGUCUCAGACACAAUGGGUCUCAUUCAUAGAGUCCAGACCACAUUCACUCAGCCGCUCUAUGCCGGGUUCGGAUUGGGUCUCUACUCAACCUCAAAACUGUGUCAUCUACGUAAUUAAGCUUAGCUCUUAUACACAGACAAGCUCUGAACCUGCUGACAAUUCUAAGUACAGAUGUAGAUGUAAUGCUUCUAGUAUCAAAGUAUAAUGUUUUAAAACUCUGUGUAAGUAGCCACUUCUGAAGCACUCCUAUGCCACCUUUAGAGUGCAAAUUUGGCAAAAUAAUGUUAGUGAUACAGACAUUAUACAAAAAUAUUGCUAUAUAACAUGUAAUAAGUACCACGAUAAAACAAUAAAGUUUAGAUUAAAUGGAUUCUUUUAUUUUCUAGAUAAUAAAUCAACAGCGGAACUUCUAAAGACUUCAGCUAUGACAGUAUAUUAUAAGGUUCAUGUAAUAAUGGUCGUAUUGUGGGAGUGGGAAAUUAUAAUAAGAUUGUCAUAAUCAGAUAAUCUGAAGAAGUGAUAAUAUGUAUAUAAAAAGAUU